AUGGCCCAGCUUGCUGUCCCUCGAAAGACUGGAGGCUGCGGCGCCGGUUCCGGUGCUUCCUCCGUCUUCAACGCCUCAAACCCGUUCCUGACGCCAGCACAGUCGGAAUGUGGUGCUACCGUCGACCCGGAGACAGCACUCAAGCCGGACCCCGGUACCGAGACCGAUUUCCAGGUGGACAACAACCCCUUCGCAUUCACCCCUGGGCACCUCAACAAACUGCUCAACCCCAAAUCGCUGGCGGCGUUCAAAGCCCUCGGCGGACUGGAGGGCAUCGAGAGAGGCCUGCAGGCAAAUACCAAGACGGGUCUUAGCGUCGACGAGACAGCCGUCAGGUCCAAUGUCAGCUUCGAACAGGCCACUCGCGUCAAUUCGGACAAGUUCCCAGCUGCUUCGGAGAGGUUAGGCGGAAACGCCUCUGAGCCAUUCGCUGACCGUGUAAGAGUAUACGGCAAGAAUGUCCUCCCCGUCAAAAAGGCAACCUCCUUCUGGCGGCUCGCCUGGACUGCCUACAACGACAACGUCAUUAUUCUCCUGACUGUUGCUGCCGUCAUUUCUCUUGCCCUCGGCAUCUACGAAGCUGUUGGUGUUGAGCAUCCCGACGGCAAACCCGCCCUGGACUGGAUUGAAGGUGUCGCCAUCUGUGCGGCUAUUCUUAUUGUGACACUCGUCGGCUCUCUCAACGACUGGCAGAAGGAGAGGGCUUUUGUUAAGCUCAACGCGAAGAAGGAGGACCGCGAGGUCAAGGUGUUCCGUUCUGGCAAGUCGUACAUGAUCAGCGUCCACGACGUUCUCGUCGGAGACGUCCUGCACUUGGAGCCCGGCGACCUUGUCCCGGUGGACGGGAUUUUUAUCGAGGGCCACGACCUCAAGUGUGACGAGUCUUCAGCAACCGGCGAAUCUGAUGCGCUCAAGAAGACGUCUGGCUAUGAAGUCAUGAAGCAGCUCGAGGCUGGUGCCAACCCGAAGAACUUGGAUCCAUUUAUCAUCUCUGGCGCGAAGGUGCUCGAGGGCAUGGGCACAUUUAUGGUGACCUCGGUUGGUGUCAACUCCAGCUUCGGAAAGAUCAUGAUGUCGGUUCGCACGGAGAUUGAGGCGACACCUUUGCAGAAGAAGCUGGAGGGCCUGGCCGUCGCGAUCGCCAAGAUCGGUGGUAGCUCUGCUGCCCUCCUAUUCUUCGUUCUCCUCUUCCGCUUCGUUGCUGGCCUUUCGCAGAGUACGGAUCCUGCGGCUGUCAAGGCCUCCCAGUUUAUGGACAUUCUCAUUGUCGCCAUCACCAUCAUUGUUGUGGCCGUUCCGGAGGGCUUACCCCUGGCCGUCACUCUUGCUCUAGCCAUCGCAACGAAGUGCAUGCUCAAAGAGAACAACCUCGUGCGCGUUCUGCGCGCAUGUGAGACCAUGGGCAAUGCUACUACCAUUUGCUCGGACAAGACCGGCACUUUGACUACGAACAAGAUGACGGUUGUUGCAGGCACUUUCGGCAACACCAGCUUUGGCCAGAACUCAGAGACCGAGAAGAGCGAAUCGAGCCCUGCGCAGUGGGCUUCUGGUCUCCCGCAGAUCACCAAGGAUGCCAUUGUCCAGUCGGUUGCGAUCGAUUCUACUGCCUUCGAGGGUGUUGAGAACGGCCAGUUUGCGUUCAUCGGUUCCAAGACCGAGACUGCUCUUCUCAGUCUUGUCCGUGACCAUCUUGGCAUGCAAUCACUCCCCGAAGCCCGCGCAAACGAGCAGACUGUUCAAAUGUUCCCCUUCGACUCCGGCAAGAAAUGCAUGGGUGCUGUCAUUAAGCUCCGCGACGGCUCUGGCCACAGGCUUCUUGUCAAGGGCGCUUCUGAAAUUCUCCUUAGCUACAGCUCCGAGAAGACCGAUGCCACAACUCUCGCCACUUCUCCUCUAACUCGAGCUGACCGCAAGGACAUUGAGGCCGUCAUUGACAAGUACGCCAAAAAGUCUCUUCGCACUAUUGGUCUCAUCUACCGCGACUUCCCUCAGUGGCCUCCUGCGCAUGCUGAGAUGAGUGAAGACGGUCACGUCGAAUUCGCCUCUAUUCUUAAGGACCUUGUCUUCCUUGGCGUUGUCGGUAUCCAGGACCCCGUCCGCCCUGGUGUCCCUGAAGCCGUCCGUAAGGCCCAGCACGCCGGUGUCACUGUCCGCAUGGUUACCGGCGACAACGCGGUGACCGCACAGGCCAUCGCUACGGAGUGUGGCAUCUACACUGAUGGAAUCAUCAUGGAAGGUCCUGUCUUCCGCGCUCUUAGCGAAGGUGAGAUGGACGCCAAGUUGCCUCGUCUGCAGGUACUUGCCCGCUCUUCCCCCGAGGACAAGCGUGUUCUUGUUGCCAGAUUGAAACACCUCGGCGAGACCGUUGCCGUUACCGGAGAUGGCACAAACGAUGCUCCUGCGCUCAAGGCCGCUGAUGUCGGUUUCUCUAUGGGUAUCUGCGGUACUGAAGUCGCUAAGGAGGCAUCUGAGAUCGUUCUCAUGGACGACAACUUCACGUCUAUUCUCACUGCACUAAAAUGGGGCCGCGCUGUCAAUGACUCAUUCCAAAUCACUGUCAAUAUUACCGCCGUCCUCCUUGCCUUCAUCUCCGCUGUCUCGGAUCCCGAGAUGAAGUCCGUUCUUACUGCCGUGCAGCUUCUUUGGGUCAACCUCAUCAUGGACACCUUUGCCGCUCUCGCUCUCGCUACGGAUCCGCCCACGGAUAAGGUCUUGGACCGCAAGCCUCAGCCCAAGGCUGCUCCUCUGAUCACGACCAACAUGUGGAAGAUGAUCAUUGGACAGGCAAUUUUCCAGCUCGUCGUCACCUUGGUCUUCUACUUUGCUGGCAUGCAGCUUCUGGGCUAUCCCGAUACCGCCGAGGCGCGACUGGAGCUCAAGACGAUGAUCUUCAACAUGUUUGUGUGGAUGCAAAUCUUCAACGAGUUCAACAACCGUCGCCUCGACAAUAAUUUCAACAUCUUUGAGGGUGUCCAGCGCAACCACUUCUUCAUCUUCAUUAACUUGCUCAUGGUUGGCCUCCAGGUGGCUAUUAUCUACGUCGGUGGCAUUGCUUUCGAGAUCACGCCUGGUGGUAUCAGCGGCACCCAGUGGGGCGUCUGCGUUGGCGUCGCUGCCAUCAGCUUGCCCUGGGCUGUUCUUGUCAGACUUUUUCCCGAUACGUGGUUCGCCACACUCGUCAAGAUCUUUGGUGGGCCAGUGGCCAAGGCUUGGCGCAUUGCUCGGGGCGGCUUCCAGAAGCUUUUCCGUGUCUUCAAGAAGGACAAGAAGAAUGCCGACGAGGAGGCAGGUGUCGAGAGCGGCAAUGCCAAUGACGUCCCCAAUGUCGUUGUCUCGAGGGAGUGAUCCCCGGCUCGUUUGGAGAGUCGCCAUGUCGAAGAGUGACAGAUAUCGCAAAAUGUGCCUGGUGCCUCUACGCGCACCCUAAAAUCACGCCAUCGCCUUUGACUGACGACGACUUCCGUAUGAAAUGUCCCAGCACCGUCUGCUUUUUCUUCUAGAAUAAAUAUGUACUUGGUCGUAUUUCGUAG